AUGGCUUCUGAUUCCACCCCUCUGCCAUCUGCCCCACGCGUCGACAUCAGCCCAAACAUUGUCCUCCAACCCCCUCUUUCACGAUGUGGCAAAGGACCAGGUCUCAUAAUUAUCAGACCGGACAACGUGGCAAAGUAUCAAGACAAAAACACAAGCCUGGAUCCAGAACCUCUGCAAAAAUGGGCCGAGGAGAGCUACGCAGUAGUGCAAAUCACCCUUGAUCAACCGGCCUGUUUCACCCCCUCUGCCGGCUUCGAUACAUUCAAAGCCGCCGUAGAAGCAUUGACUGCUCUGGAGGAAUGUACCAACAAGGACAAAUUCGGGCUUCUAAUCUACGGCGAAGUGUCCAACUUCGGCCCCCAAUUCGCGCAGAGUCUGCCAUCCUGUAUCGCUAAAACUCCCAUCGCGGCAAUCGUCUACCACAGUCUUUGGGAGGAGAUUCCCGACCUCCCAGUCUUGACUCACGCCCCUGGCUCGCAUCCUCCCGUUACCCAUAGGACUCAGUACUCCUAUCCCGACGUGGAGUCCUCUGGAUUCAUCAUCCCCGGCCACCCCGACUUCAAAUACUCCACCGCCAGCGUAGCUCACACCCGCACGCUCACCUUCCUCAAACCCAUCCUCAAUGGCCCAUACUUCGACCUCGAGAAAAUCUGGGAGGAGCACACUUAUUAUGAGUUUGUGGAGCGAUCGGUCGAGAAAACCAUGGCAACAAUGGUUCAGGAACCAUACGUGAACCAUAUACCAACGAUCACCGGCGGAAUCGGCCGCGCCAAACUCACUAAUUUCUACCUCCACCACUUUAUAUUCAAAAACCCCAAGGACACAAAUCUGGAACUGAUCAGUCGGACAGUGGGAAUAGAUCGCGUCGUGGACGAGUUCAUCGCCUCCCUUACCCAUUCAGAGCAGAUAGAUUGGUUACUCCCCGGUAUCCCCCCAACCCACAAACCGCUCCGCAUCCCCUGCACAUCCGUCGUCAACAUCCGCGGCGACCGCCUCUACCACGAACACAUCUCCUGGGACCAAGCGACCGUUCUCAUGCAACUAGACCUCUUACCUGAGUUCCUACACUUCCCGUACCCACUCUCCGGGGACCGACGGCCCGCACCCGGGAAGAAAUUCGAGGUUAGGACUCCGGCUGCGGGGAUACACACGGCAGAUAAAUUACGGGAUGGGAAGGCGGUGGAGUCGAAUACCAUGAUAUUAGAUGCUGAAGAUGGACAUUGUGUUCGGGAGGUGGAUGCGUGA